UAGCGGCGAGGCGCCUCUCCUAGGCGGCUGGCGAAGUACGCCGCACACGCCGCAUGCACCUGCAACACCGGCGCCGCACCACUCACACAACCACCUCGCUCCUCCGCAUUGCAACGGCACUGACAGUGGCAGCAGAGGCGGUCUCCGACGGCGGUCCACAUACGCGAGCGGUCGGCUGCGCUCCGGCCCGCACUGGUCGUUCGUGUUCGACCCAGCUGGUCGGCUCUGCUAUUACUGGUCGAUGGUCGUGUCGCUAGCCUUCCUCUACAACCUCUGGGUCAUCGUGUAUAGGUUCGCCUUCCAAGAGAUCAAUGGCGAGACGCUAAUAGUGUGGUUCUGUCUGGACUACUUCUCGGAUUUCCUCUAUCUGGCGGACAUCUUGUUCCACUUCCGAACGGGAUACCUCGAGGACGGCGUCCUACAAACGGACGCGGCCAAGCUCCGGGCGCACUAUAUGAACUCCACGACCUUCUACAUCGACUGCUUGUGUCUCCUGCCACUGGACUUCCUCUACCUCUCCAUCGGGUUCAACUCCAUACUACGCUCCUUUCGUCUCGUCAAGAUCUACCGCUUCUGGGCAUUCAUGGACCGCACGGAACGACACACGAACUACCCAAACUUGUUUAGAUCAACCAGUUUAAUUCAUUAUUUAUUAGUGAUAUUCCAUUGGAACGGGUGCUUGUACCAUAUAAUAUAUAAAAACAAUGGGUUCGGUAGUAAAAACUGGGUGUAUCAUGACACUGAAACCGCGGACGUUGUGAAACAGUAUCUACAGAGCUAUUAUUGGUGCACGUUGGCGCUCACGACGAUAGGUGACCUGCCGCGGCCGAGGAGCAAAGGAGAGUACGUCUUCGUGAUAGCACAGCUUCUCUUCGGGCUGCUUCUCUUCGCGACGGUACUGGGACACGUGGCCAACAUCGUCACGUCGGUCAGCACCGCCAGGAAAGAGUUCCAGGCGAAACUGGACGGCGUGAAGACUUACAUGCGCAUGCGGCGGGUGCCCAACAACCUGCAGGUGAAGGUGAUCAAGUGGUUCGACUACCUCUGGCUCACGCAGAAGUGUUCGGAUGAGGAGAAGGCCGUGUCGUGUCUGCCGGACAAGCUGAAGGCGGAGAUCGCUAUCAACGUGCAUUUGGACACUUUGAAGAGGGUGGAAAUCUUCCAAAAUACGGAGGCUGGAUUCCUGUGUGAGCUGGUGUUGAGGUUGCGACCCGUUUUGUUCUCGCCAGGCGAUUUUAUCUGCAGAAAAGGCGAAGUCGGGAAGGAGAUGUACAUAGUGAACCGAGGCAAACUGCAGGUGGUAGGCGACAACGGGAAGACCGUGCUAGCAACACUCAAGGCGGGUUCUUAUUUUGGCGAAAUUUCCAUUCUGAACAUGGGCACGGCAGGCAACCGGCGGACAGCAUCAGUGCGGUCCGUCGGCUACUCGGACUUGUUCGUGCUGAGCAAGAAGGACAUGUGGGACGUGCUGAAGGAGUAUCCAGCAGCCAGGGUGCGGCUCGAGGCGAUUGCAGUCAAGAGACUUGAGAAGUAUAAGAAAGCGCCGCUUGAGAAAGUGGCGAUGGGUCGCUGCCAAUCGACGCCCGGGCUCGUGGAGACGAGCGGGCGCAUUCCCAUCGAGGAGAUGCAGCUACCGCCCGCGCCGGCGCUGCCGCCGAUGCACCCCUCUCACCCGCCUUCCUACCGGGACCAGCUUUAUAGUUCGUCAGUAAGCCCUCUUCGUGUAGCAUCGCCAGUAGCGUCAUUGGCGUCGAGCGCGCGUAGCAGCGCGGCCGGCGGCGGCAGCGUCGCGGCUGGCAGCGGCCCGCGCGGUCACAUCGACACCCACGAGCAGUUGGAGUGCGAGAUCAAGCGGCUGAGAGAACGACUGUACACAGUCGAGACCGAAAACGCCGCUAUGUCUGUGAAGCUCAAUCAACAGCAGUGGGAGGUGGAACACAGACUGCAAGAGAUCGAGAUGCAGAUCUGCGGCGGCAGCUCGCUCAGCUCGCAGGAGGACAACGAGCGGAAUCGCGAGAGCAUCAUUUAACGGCGCGCCUCGCCCGCGCCCCCGCGCCCCUUGCCGCUGCCAGUACUACGCGCCUCCGCCGUCUACUGAAGACACACCACGGCCCGACCAGUCUUAUAAGAACAAGACAACACGCCUUAUACAGCGUGUGUCGUAUAGUCAUGCUAUGUGACUCUUUGUGGCCAUAUAAGUGUGUGAAUCCCCCUCUCCCCUCAAGUCUUCAGCCCGCGCGGUCCCCUCAACCCCUCUGUGUCGUACUCCAGUGACUGUGACUUGUACGAAGACUCAGUGUUUUUACGGUGAGUAACAUAAUUAUGGUAUAUUUAAAUACGAAUUAACUUUAUCAAAUUUAUAUAUACGUAGUAUAUACGACUCGCUAAUAAUCGAGUGCCGUGGAGUGAGAUUUUGCCGAGACAAUAUUAUCUUAAUUAAAUCGUUUAGAUACAUCGAGGAGUGACGAGUGUUGGCGGGGCGUCGUGCGCCCGCGCCGGUCUACUUUAAGUGUUAAUUUGCAUGUCAGUCCUAAAGGGCAAAAUUGUGUUUCGUUUCUGAGCAAAUGAACGUUCGUGCGGUCGGCAACAAAGUCGAUAAACAAUUUUGAAACUUAUUACUGUAGUUGAAUAAAAAAUAAUACGGAAAGACUUGUGUUGCCGUGCGUACCACCCUUGUCUGUUUUAACGAAGUUUGUUCUGUUACAAUGAGAUAUAAAUUGAACUUUAUUAAUGUGACAUUGUUUUUCUUGUUUUUGCUGAUGUUAUCUAAUGGCGAAAUGUUUCACUCGAGUUGGAAAGUUUGUGUACAAAAGUUUACCGUAUCGUGUAAUAACUAACUGGAACUAUGUGCCAAAUAAUGGCCAAUGUGAAUGUGUUACGGAUAAGAUUUUUGUGUUAACUCAUAAAUAGAGUAAUGGGUAAUUUCUUAUCCAUUAAAUUUGAGCUUUAAUUAUAAUAAAAUCCCGGAAGACUUGAUCAAACUUUCUGAUAAUUACGUUCCAUUGUUCUUCCCUUGGUUACAUUAUUAUCAGUCUAGGGAAUAGUUCUUUCAUCGUCAAUAUUUGGUAUCUUAUAAUCUAUGUAUAUUCGUGAAAUAUUAAAUUCUGAUGCAGUUUUGCCCGUUGUAAUGAUAUAAA